CAUCUGCCAGAGAGGCCGUGGGGCCCGCAGUUCCUGAGACCGUCUGGGGACACGAUGCACACGGCACUGCCCAGAGCAGCCCGUGCCUGACGCCCCAUCCGCAGCUCCCGUUCCCCGCCAUGCCGGCCGCGGGCCCCCUGGGAGGCCCUGGAGAUGCCCGACGGCCUCCCGUCUAAGGCCCCAGCGGAGGAGGCGGUGGCCAUGGGGCGGCUGCGGCCAGCCCUGGCCCUGGCGGCGCUCGGGGCCUGGCUGAUGCUCUCGUGGCUGGCGGUGCCCUCCCAGGCGGUGGUGAGGGCCGUGCUGGACGGCAACUCAAGCACCGUGGACUUCGUGGACUUGCCGGCCCUGUUCGGCGCGCCCCUGGCCCCCGAGGGCGUGCGGGGCUACCUGAUGGAGGCCAAGCCGGCCAACGCGUGCCAGCCCAUUGAGGGCCCGCAGCCCGGCAACGGCUCGCUGGGCGCCGUGGUCCUGAUCCGGCGCUACGACUGCACCUUCGACCUGAAGGUGCUGCACGCGCAGCGGGCCGGCUUCGAGGCCGCCAUUGUGCACAACGUGCACUCGGACGACCUGGUGCGCAUGGCGCACGUGUACGAGGACCUGCGGCGCCAGAUCGCCAUCCCCGCCGUGUUCGUGGGCGAGGCGGCCUCGCAGGACCUGCGGGUCAUCCUGCGCUGCGACAAGUCCGCCCACGUCCUCCUCCUGCCCGACUACCCGCCCUGCCCCGACCUGGACUGCCACCCUGUGCUGGCGCUCUCCUGGGUGCUGGGCCGCACCCUGGCCCUCGCCAUGUCCGCCCUCUUCGUCCUACGCUGCCUGUGGCUCUGGGCCCGGCCCUGGUGGACCCCGGAGGCGGCCGCCAAGACGCAGAGCCAGAAGGCCCAGGUGCGGACCUUCACGCGGCGCAGCGACCUCUGCGCCAUCUGCCUGGACGAGUACCAGGAGGGCGACCGGCUCAAGAUCCUGCCCUGCUCCCACACCUACCACUGCAAGUGCAUCGACCCCUGGCUCGCCCAGGCCGCCCCGCGCUCCUGCCCCGUGUGCAAGCAGUCUGUGGCCAGCACUGAGGACGGCUCCGACUCCACCGUCGACAGCUUGGGCGACGAGGACCUCUCCCUGCCCGGACACCAGCCCCCGAUCUGGGCCGUCCAGGCCCGACUGCGCUCCCGGCUGGAGCUGCUGGCCCGGGCUACCCCGCCCCGCCUCUGCAGUGCCACGUCCAUGGGGGCGGCCGAGGCCAGUGCGCCCUCUGACAGGUCCCCCAGGCCCUCCUGAGGCCCGCGGCCCCUGGCUGCGGAGAUCCGGCAGGGAGGUGGCGGUGAGGAGUGUUUGCAGAGAAUAAAGUGGGUUUGAAAGUGGAUUCUCGCCCCAGCUGC